GCAACACUUUGUUACGUUUUUCAUUCAAUCUCUUCUUUUCUGCACGAAACGACUGAAAAUUCCUGUGAAUAUUAUAAGAUCUAAAAAAAAUACGAAUAAAUAGAAUAAUUUUGCGUUUUAUGUGCGAACUAUUUAAUAAACUAUAUUCAGUUACAAAAUUUCAUUUGUUUCUAAUUAAUUGUGACAAGUUUUGCAAACGAAUUGUGAGGUGAGUGUGUGUACGUGAGGUGUAUGUUCGAUGUUUUGUUUCAGCAGUGGCAGCAGUAGUGGCUGAGACAGGCAGAAAAAGCUGGAAUAUAGAAUCAUCGGCGGAGGUGAGGAGCACAGUGUAAAAUAUAAGCUCAAGGAACGGAUGAAUGAUAGAAAGCGAAAUGCGAGAUGGUCAAGUGUAAAAAGCAAAUACCAAUAAAGAGAUAUGCAAUCGAUCAAACGAAAACAGAAAAAUUACAGGCAAAUAAAAAUAUCUAAAAAACCAGGAAGAAAAACUUUAUACAGUAAACAUUGCCAACAGAAAAACGCUACGCUUCAACGACAACAUAGUGAUCGCUCGUUCACACUGUCUCCAACAUUAAAAUUAUAGCCAGUUAGCAAUCGGACUGUCCUAUUGUAAUUGACUCCAUCGAAAGACACGGGUGGAGUGCAAAGGGCAGCACAACAACCUUAAUGAGAGUGCAAUAGAAGCGGAAAUAUGCUGAACGAAAGCAACUUUAUGAUGUGUCUUGCAGGCACGGAACUGGUAUGGUUUUAGCCAGUAACGAAUGGCUUAACACUUGCGAAGAUGAACAAAAGUCGGCUUCGGGGAAUUCACAAACAGCGUCAACAACAACUGCAACCACAGCCGCACCCGCGCCACCAAACCACCAGAUUGUCGGCUCCACGCCAGCUUCCACAACGACACAGAUUGUAACUCCAAUAACAUCGAGCAUAAUCACAUCAGUUACAUCAACGCGCAUAUUCAGCGUAAAUAACGAAAUUAUGUCGGAAAAUUCAGCUAACGAAGCACAUCAGCCAAUGCAGCAACCGUCCGUUAAUCAAAAGAGCAGCAUCAGCGAUGCUCUGCCAGCGGCAGUUAGUCUAAAUGAUGUGAAUACCCCGAAUGCUCAAGAGUUUGUCAAUAAUAAUACCGAAGUAUUGAACUGUGAUACUUCAAAUGCAAAUUCAAUUUCUAAUGCAAAUGCCAACAGCAAUAUUGAUGCUAGCAUCAGUGGUAGCUGUGGAGGUGUGAAUGCAAAUAUCAACACUAAUAAUGCCAAUUUGUAUUCCAAUCCGAAUUCAAAUGCAAGUACCCUACAAUCCGCUAUUGUACGCCAAUCGAAUGCAGGCAAUCACAUGCCGCUGAGCUGUCCCAUUACUCCGCAAGCGCUGAGCAGCGCACUGCAGUCGGUUAUGAACGCUAGCAAAAAUGCCAGUAUUUCUGGUUCACCAGCCGUCGGAAAUUUACCAAACACUUUCCUCAGUACAUUGGAUAUAGGGCUAGGUAAUAAUGCUUCACUACAACAGACCGUAAAAGAGCUCAGUUCGGCUUUCUGCGCUGGUCUGAUUGAGUCACAAUCGAAUAUGGCCAAUAACGCCACAAAUGUUGCACAGAAUGUAGGUAGCAGCACCAACAUAAGUAUGAAUCUAGAAUCAACGGAAAGUAAUGGCCAGGCGAAAAUUAUUUUGUUCUGCGAGGCUAACUCGCACCCCUUCCAGACACGCACCAUAUUCCUCACGCCAAACAUUGAAUGCAAAGUAGGACGUUUAAUAGCGAAAAGUAAAGCUUCCGAGUCAAACGCAAUAUUCGAUUGCAAGGUACUAUCGCGCAACCAUGCAGUGCUGUGGUACACCGAUGAUGGCAAAUUUUGGGUUAAAGAUACAAAGUCCUCGAAUGGCACCUUCAUUAACGAAAAUAAACUAGGCAAUGAGGCUGCUGAGCUACAUUUCGGCGAUAUCGUCAAAUUCGGCGUCGAUGUACUGGAAAAUUCGCGCAAAGAGGUCCAUGGUUGUAUUAUCGCUUUUGUAAAGUUAUAUUUGCCUGAUGGCCGUGAGGCGAUAUCAAUCGAUACGACCACCCAACGCUCUCAGUACUCUGGUGAAGGCCGUAUCAGUUACGAGGAAAUGCACCGCUUGAACUUGUACAUGCAAGAGGUGUCGCAGCGGGAAAAGGCGCUAAAAUCGAAAUUAUUCAAUAUUCAAAAUGUUUUGGAUGCCACACGAAAAAAUUCGGCCCUGUGCUGGCAGUCUCUCAUUGCUGAGGAUCAGUUGCUUCAUCGCAUCAAUUCGUUGGAGAAAAAAUUGCAGAUUAUGGAGAAGAAUGUGCCAGAGAGCGUGUUGCGAAAUGAGGUAAGCGAGACUUAUGUAAGUUGAGUUAUGUUUAAUUACUUUAAUUUAACUCAUAAAUCAGUAACCAUUUGGUAUGUUUUAUGAUCGAAGCUUCCCUACAAGAAAGAUGAGACCAAUUAUUUGAUAACUGGAACAAAAAAAACUGAAAGCGGUAUAAUUCUAGGUAGUUGAUUUGUAGUAAAAAUGGUUCAAGUGUAAUGCUGUGUAGGGCA